AUGGAUGAUUUUGUCCUCAAUAUUCUGGAAGCUGAUGAUCAAAGCAAAAUUAAUCGAAAGGACAAAUCCAGUAAACAAACGCUGAACACGAGUUCGUUACAAUGUGCUUCUCCGAAUACUUCAUCCAAUAAUGCAUCCGUUAUUCAGAAAAAAGGAGGGCUUAAAAAAGUUGAUAAAAAGAUUAUGCCGGAGAAAAAUUCUCUGCAGUUUGGUAUACAGAAAAAGAUGACUGAGACGCAUAUGCUUAGUAAAAUGAUGAGCCAACCUGUUAAACCCAAGAUUGAACCAGUUUUUUCGUUGGAACACUGGAAAGAUUUGUGUCAGUCGUUGAAUAUCUUCCCACAUCUAAUUACGUGCUUGACUAACCGUUUCAAAAUGGAUUAUCUAACCGCUAUUCAGGAAGCUGCACUGCCUCCUCUAGUUGAUGGGAGAGAUAUUUUGUUACGUGCUCAAACAGGAUCUGGAAAAACGCUAGCAUAUGCAGUCCCACUGUUUAACCGACUAAUUAACCUCGAUCCUCCUGUUGAACGAAAAGAUGGACCCUUAGGGAUAAUUAUUCUUCCUUCAAGAGAAUUAGCAACACAAACAUUUGAUGUUUUCAAAAUUCUGUCACAAGCUUGUGUACGCAUUGUCCCAGGAUUGUUGGUUGGAGGGAUGAAACGGAAAUCUCAGAAAGCAAGUCUGAGAAAGGGUAUUAAUAUUCUAAUUGGUACACCAAAGCGCAUUCUUGAUCAUAUGGGACAUACUUCCACACUUGACCUUCGGAGAAUACAAUGGUUAGUAAUAGAUGAAGCCGAUCGUUUGUUAGAAAUGGGAUUUGAAAAAGAUGUUAGACAAAUUGUCGAAGGAUUAAUGCAACAGUUCAAUGUUUUUUCAAUGGAGAAAAAAUCCAUAGCAAAAAUUCAAACUGUUCUCUUAUCGGCAACAUUAUCUCCGGGAGUCGAAGCUCUUGCUGGUAUGACUUUAAAGAAUCCUGUCCGUUGCGUGGUUGGCGAAAAUGAAACGAAAACUUCGAAUACUCAACUUUCUAUGACAAGUGCUUCUGAAUUGGAGUCGAAUUCACAAGUAAAUAAUGUUGCUGAAUUCGCUCUUCCUACAGGGUUGAAACAUUUUGUAUUAGCUGUUCCAUUGAAAUUAAGACUUGUUGCAUUAGCAGCUUUCUUAUUACUAAAAUGUAAGUAUCAUGAAAAUGGUGGCAAGCUAAUCGUAUUUAUGGCAACUCAGGAUUGUGUGGACUUUCACUAUCAUUUAUUCCAGUCUGUAUUAUGCGAUGAAUCUGAAGAGUUGAUUAGUAAUAUACCCGUAAUGAAUCUAUCGAUUUAUCGGCUUCACGGAAGCAUGGAACAUAAAGAGCGUGAAUCAGCUUUCAAUGGCUUUUCUUCAAGUCAAGCUGGUGUUCUAAUCACCACAGACGUUGCAAGUCGAGGCUUGGAUUUAGCGUCAGUUGCAUGGGUUGUACAAUACCACGUGACGGGGGGUCCUGUCGAUUAUGUACAUCGUGUUGGGCGCACUGCACGAGCUGGAGGUCAUGGUAAAGCAUUGCUUUUUCUAGAACCUGAGGAACUUGAAUUUAUGGAUCUUUUAAAGUCAAAAGUUGGGAUUGAAAUGAAAGAAUUAAGUUUACCUGAUCUACUUCAAACUGUUCUUUUUCAUUUGCAGAAUACUAAACAUCCUGGGAAGCAAAGGCCAAAUGACUGUACAACUGUUGAAGAGGGAACCAGUCAACUAUUUCAUUUAUUUCUCCAAGCUGUAGAUAAUGAUGACACUUUGACGUCACUUUCAGAAUUGGCUUAUUUAUCAUUUCUACGUUCUUAUGCAAGUUUUUCCGGUGACUUACGACAUAUAUUCAAUUUUAAACGUCUUCACCUAGGGCAUGUUGCUAGAGCGUUCUGUUUGCAAAAGAAACCAUCUGACGUUGCUUCUCGUGUUAGAGGUCGUUUUGUUAAGACUGAUAAACAGAAGAAUUCUACAGGAAAGAAACGAAGUCUUGAAAGCUCAAAUGGCGAUGAAGUAGUAUCACGAAAACCAAAGUACUCAUCUGCUUUAUCAUUUGAUAAACCUCAGAAGAAGCAAACUGUUAAUCGCACAAAACCAUCUGAUUUGGCCAAACGUAAUAUGCUUGCAGAAUAUGGUUUAUAA